GAAGAAUUAGGGCUUUUCUUUCCUACGUUCUAAAUCCGGCGUGCGUGCGUGCUUAUAUACAUUCAGCUUCACUUCCAUAACGCUACCAUGAAAUUGACUCUUCCAGAGCUCAAAACUUCAGUGAUCGACCAUGGUGGGGUUUGUACACAGUCCACCCGGUGAACAGGAAAGUUCAGAGCCAAAAACUCAAUCCGUUUCAGAGCAGGGGAAAGCAAGCGACCCGCUUGUUGAACAGUUGCUCUUGGACGUUGACGACUAUUCUUUGUCUUUCACUAAUUCUUUUCUUGAUUUUGAUUAUUUAAACGACUGGAUUGACCCGAGAUCUGACCCGUAUAGUAUGGAGGCAGGCGAUUCCGGGGCUGUCAAUGCUGGUGGUGAUUUCAGUAGUAAUGGAGCUUGUGAACAGGUAGAAUAUUCAGAGGGACGUGAAAAGAUGGGUUCUUUGAGCUGUUUGGGACCUGAGAAGAGUGUGCAUGGGAGUUUGGACAAGGGAGUGGAAAAAGAUUGUGGUGGGGAAGUUAAAGUUAAGGAGGAGACAGUGGUGAGCUGUGGAGAUGGGAAGGUGGGGGAGUUGGGUUGUUUGAUUGAGGAGGAGAUGGGAAAAGUUAAUUUAAAUGGUGUCUCAAGUUUAAAGGAGGAAGAUGGAGUUAUGGACAGAGAUAUGAACAGUGUGGGGAUUACUGAAGAUGGAGGUGAGGGUAUUGCCAUGAAUAAUGGAAACCAGAAGGGAGUAACUAGUAAUGAGUUAGUGAUUGGUGAAGAUGAGAGCAGUGGUGAUUCUGAUUCUGGGUCUGAGACUGAAAGUUCAUCUUCUUCAUCUUCUUGUGCCUCCAGUAGUGAUGAUGAUGACGACGAUGAGGAAGAAGACGAGGACAAGGAUAAUAGCAAUAGAAAGGGUUCAGAAAUGGAAGAAGGUGAGAUCCUAGCACGUGGUGCAGAUGAUAUGGUUGCUUGGAGCCCAGAUGAUGAUGAUGAUGAUGUUGAGGAGAGUGGUCCUAAGGGCCCAAUAAGGUCUAAGAAUGAGGUUAAGGACCUCCCUUAUGUUCCUCCUGUGAAUGUGACUAUACAACCACAUCACCAGACCUUGCCAGUCGGAAAUAUUUCUUCGAUAAUUGGAGCCCAAGUCAUUGUUGAAGGGGUGGAGAAGCACAAUCCUCUCAACGAGGGUUCCAUUCUGUGGAUCACUGAAAGCAGAUCCCCACUUGGGAUAGUGGAUGAAAUAUUUGGGCCUGUGAAGAACCCUUACUACAUUGUUAGGUACAAUUCUGAAAAUGAUGUACCUGUAGGAAUCCAACAAGGCACUUCAAUUUCUUUUGUCCAGGAAUUCGCAAAUCAUGUCCUUAAUGACAAAAAUAUUUACAAAAAGGGAUAUGAUGCAUCCGGAGAGAAUGAUGAAGAGUUAUCUGAAGAGGCAGAAUUUUCAGACGAUGAAAAGGAAGCUGAAUACAGGAGAUUGAUGAAAAUGAAAAAGAGGGGCACAAGUGAACAGAAAUUUGGAAACAAGACAAUGGACAAGAAGAAAGUAAAAAAUCGACCUGUGAAUCAGAAACAGAAUCAAGCAUUUGCUCCACAAGCAUCAACUGGUAAUGUUAGUGGAAACCUUGACCAAAGCCAGCAAUGUGUUCCUCCACCUUUUGCAGCAUCGGGUGAUCAAAGGAAUAACGUAACCACUGGUGGCCAAGCACAAGGUUCUGGCAAUGGUCCUUGGUCAGAUCCUGCAUUGCCUCAGCUGCCACAAUUCCAUGGUUACGGUGCACCUUCUAGUGGUCUGGGAAUGAAUGGAAUCCCUUGUCAGCAGCCACAGAACACUGGGCUUCCUUCUUUCCCCGCACCAACCCAGUCCCCCGGUUUUGUCCCACCUCAGCAGCAGCAAAGGAUGGCCUUUCCGGGUGUCUUACCUGCUAUGAACAUGCAAUGGCCACAGCAAAGUCAUCCCCAUCCUCUUUUUCAAAUGCCCUUUCCAAACGUGUUACCACUUCAGCAACAAAUGAAUACUGGUCAAAUGUUUCCUUCUAACUUUAUGCCAGGUGGACAACCAGGUUUCAACACCGGUUCAGUUCCACUGGGACAAGGGAUGUUCAACCAACCACCAUUUGGAUUGGGCUUACAUAACCAAAACACUCCUCUCCCCAUGAAUUCGGGCCAGCAAGCGGUGCCACCCAAUGGACCUCAAAGUGGAUCCAACAAUGAUUCAUGGACACCUCCCGACUCUUCUUGGAAUUCUAAUCAACCUAGGCACUCUCACGGUGGCAGGCAAGCAAACCGCAGGGGUGGUGGCCGUUUUAGAGGUGGACGAGGCAGGCGACACAACAAUUGACUGUCAAAACAAGUGGUAUGCAUGCCCCCACUGUCCCAAGAAAAGAAAAAGAAAAUUGUAGAGAGGAGUAUGGUGUGAUCAUAUAAAGCUCUUGUUAGUUCUGGCUGUAUUACCAGAAUCACAAUAUGUGGAUGCUAUGCAAUUCCAAAUACUAGUAGUUUUAUGAAUUAUUAAUUAAUAUUAAAGUGAGAAUGUUAGCAUUAUUACAUUUUGUUAAGGAAAACACAUGAAUGUUUGUAUCCAAACAGAUUUUUU